AUGUCGGUUUUAAUUGAAACAACAUUAGGUGAUAUUGUAGUUGAUUUAUAUAUAAAAGAAAAACCAAAAAGUUGUUUAAAUUUUAUCAAAUUAUGUAAGGCAAAAUAUUACAAUAAUUGUCAAUUUUUUUGUAUACAAAAUAAUUUUAUAGCACAAACAGGAGAUCCAACAAAUAAGGGUGAUGGUGGUGAAUGUAUUUAUAGUUUAAUUGAUAAAAAUAAACCUAGAUAUAUGAAUAUAGAUAUUUUUCCUAAGUUACGCCAUAUUCGUAAAGGAACUAUUUCAUUUAUAAACAAUGGUCGUGAUGAAAUGGGUAGUCAGUUUUUUUUUACCCUUUCUGAAAAUCUUGAUUAUCUUGAUGGGAAACAUAAUGUUUUUGGUCAUGUUAGUGAAGGCAUUGAUGUAAUUGAUAAAUUGAAUGCUCAAAUUUGUACAGAAAAAACAAAUAGUCCAUAUCGUGAUAUUAGAAUAGCACAUACAAUUAUACUUGAUGAUACAUUUGAUGAUCCUGAAGGAUUUUGUUCUCGAGAUUCUCCUAUACCUGGUUUUGACUUUUUUCAAUCUCAUAAAAUUGCUCUAGAUGAAGAUAUUAAUAAUGAUAAUACACUUAGUGAAAGUGAAUUGAUAAAAGAAAUAGAAAAACAAGAUAUGAAUGCACAAGCACAAAUUCUUGAAAUGGUUGGUGAUUUACAUGAUGCUAAUGAAAAACCACCUGAUAAUGUACUUUUUGUAUGUAAAUUAAAUCCUAUAACAUCAGAUGAUGAUUUGAUGAUAAUAUUUUCACGAUUUGGCAAAAUUAUUGAUUGUGAAGUUAUUAGAGAUAGAAGAACAGGAAAUUCACUUCAGUAUGCAUUUAUUGCUUUUGAAACUCCAGAACAAUGUGAAAAUGCUUUUUUUAAAAUGGAUAAUGUUAUUAUUGAUGAUCGUCGAAUACAUGUAGACUUUUCUCAAUCAGUAUCUAAAAAUUAUCAAUGGAAAAAGUACGGUAAUCAUUAA